UCCACGCCCAAGAGGGGCCCCAAGCCAGGGUGCGUUGGAGCCCUGGCCAUUUCUGCUUCAUUAGAAGCCCAAACCAGGCCAGCCUGGCUCUCUCUGCCAGUAACCAGAAUAGACCAAGAGACCGUGUACGGGACCUUGGAGGAACCAUCCUGUAACGUGACAGCCGCAGAGCCUGGAGCUCGGCACACUUGGAAGGAAGCUUUGGGCAAUAUCUGUCUGGUGUCCUCAGUGGAGUGUGAGAACGUGGCCUGCACCUGUGGUCUAGUUGGGGUGAUUGUCUCGGCGACGACUAGUGAGGCCAUGUUUCUGAAAGUAGGAGCCCCAGAGCACCUUAGUCUGGAAGCAUUGCAGUGCCUGGGACCGGCCACAUCCCUGGACCCAUCCGUGUACCGCUGGGCCGACCACUCGAGCACGGUGCUGCAGCGGCUGAACGAGCAGCGUCUGCGCGGGCUCUUCUGCGAUGUUGUCCUGGUGGCGGACGAGCAGCGCGUGCCGGCCCACCGCAACCUGCUGGCCGUGUGCAGCGACUACUUCAACUCCAUGUUCACCAUCGGCAUGCGUGAGGCCUUCCAGAAGGAGGUGGAGCUGGUCGGCGCCUCCUACGUCGGGCUCAAGGCCGUGGUGGACUUCCUGUACGGCGGGGAGCUGGCCCUGGACGGCGGCAACAUCGACUACAUCCUGGAGACGGCCCACCUGCUGCAGAUCUGGACGGCGGUGGACUUCUGCUGUGAGUACCUGGAGCAGGAGGUGAGCGAGGACAACUACCUGUACCUACAGGAGCUGGCCUCCAUCUACAGCCUCAAGCGGCUCGAUGCCUUCAUCGACGGCUUCAUCCUGAGCCGCUUCGGCACGCUGUCCUUCACGCCUGACUUCCUGCAGAACGUCUCCAUGCAGAAGCUGUGUGUUUACCUGAGCAGCAGCGAGGUGCAGCGGGAGUGCGAGCACGACCUGCUGCAGGCCGCCCUGCAGUGGCUCACGCAGCAGCCCGAGCGUGAGGCCCAUGCCUACCAGGUGCUGGAGAACAUCCACUUCCCGCUCAUCCCCAAGAACGACCUGCUGCACCGCGUCAAGCCGGCCGUGUGCUCGCUGCUGCCGCGGGAGGCCAACUGCGAGGGCUUCAUCGAGGAGGCGGUGCGCUACCACAACAACCUGGCAGCCCAGCCGGUCAUGCAGACCAAGCGCACGGCACUCCGCACCAACGAGGAGCGCCUGCUCUUCGUGGGCGGCGAGGUCUCCGAGCGGUGUCUGGAGCUCAGCGAUGACACCUGCUACCUGGACGCUAAGAGCGAGCAGUGGGUCAAGGAGACGCCCCUGCCGGCCCGGCGGAGCCACCACUGUGUCGCCGUGCUGGGGGGGUUCAUCUUCAUCGCUGGCGGCAGCUUCUCCCGGGACAAUGGAGGGGAUGCGGCAUCCAAUCUUCUUUAUAGGUAUGACCCCCGCUGUAAACAGUGGAUCAAGGUGUACCGCUGGGCCGACCACUCGAGCACGGUGCUGCAGCGGCUGAACGAGCAGCGUCUGCGCGGGCUCUUCUGCGAUGUUGUCCUGGUGGCGGACGAGCAGCGCGUGCCGGCCCACCGCAACCUGCUGGCCGUGUGCAGCGACUACUUCAACUCCAUGUUCACCAUCGGCAUGCGUGAGGCCUUCCAGAAGGAGGUGGAGCUGGUCGGCGCCUCCUACGUCGGGCUCAAGGCCGUGGUGGACUUCCUGUACGGCGGGGAGCUGGCCCUGGACGGCGGCAACAUCGACUACAUCCUGGAGACGGCCCACCUGCUGCAGAUCUGGACGGCGGUGGACUUCUGCUGUGAGUACCUGGAGCAGGAGGUGAGCGAGGACAACUACCUGUACCUACAGGAGCUGGCCUCCAUCUACAGCCUCAAGCGGCUCGAUGCCUUCAUCGACGGCUUCAUCCUGAGCCGCUUCGGCACGCUGUCCUUCACGCCUGACUUCCUGCAGAACGUCUCCAUGCAGAAGCUGUGUGUUUACCUGAGCAGCAGCGAGGUGCAGCGGGAGUGCGAGCACGACCUGCUGCAGGCCGCCCUGCAGUGGCUCACGCAGCAGCCCGAGCGUGAGGCCCAUGCCUACCAGGUGCUGGAGAACAUCCACUUCCCGCUCAUCCCCAAGAACGACCUGCUGCACCGCGUCAAGCCGGCCGUGUGCUCGCUGCUGCCGCGGGAGGCCAACUGCGAGGGCUUCAUCGAGGAGGCGGUGCGCUACCACAACAACCUGGCAGCCCAGCCGGUCAUGCAGACCAAGCGCACGGCACUCCGCACCAACGAGGAGCGCCUGCUCUUCGUGGGCGGCGAGGUCUCCGAGCGGUGUCUGGAGCUCAGCGAUGACACCUGCUACCUGGACGCUAAGAGCGAGCAGUGGGUCAAGGAGACGCCCCUGCCGGCCCGGCGGAGCCACCACUGUGUCGCCGUGCUGGGGGGGUUCAUCUUCAUCGCUGGCGGCAGCUUCUCCCGGGACAAUGGAGGGGAUGCGGCAUCCAAUCUUCUUUAUAGGUAUGACCCCCGCUGUAAACAGUGGAUCAAGGUGAGAUUAAAGCCAGAUUAUUUCUUUACUCUUGAUGGCUUUUUGGUCGCUUAA